AUGCCGAAUGAAAUCAGAUGUUUUCGAGAUAUUCUUUGGCAAUUCGUCAAUCGUCCUAAUCCGAAUCCAUCUCAUCAUUGUAUGCAUGAAUGGGUGAGCGUUAGUCCUCAUAGUGCUAAGCUAAGACAAUUCUACCAAGGUUCACACAAGUGUAAAGUGAAAUUGGUAUCUGCAACUCAAUCAAUAUCACAAAGUCAUUUUUCUACUCCACGACAGGUCGUCCCAAUACCUGUGGAUGAAUUUCUAUACGAAAAUAGCCUUCGAGUUCAAAUAUCUCCAACCAAAAUAAUAGAAUUCCAAGAUGAAUGUCGAACGUUAACACCUGAAUUAACUGAUUCAAAUUAUAAAGAUUUGCAAUUUUCAAUCAGUACCACGCAAUGUAUACAAAAUAAAGUGAUUGCUAAACUAUCCAAGUGUUCACUACAAUUGAAACCAGCCCAAUUCAUUGAGUUCGGUUCAUUUCGUUCUGGUCAUCGUUUACAAUGGUGGAAUCUUUUAAGUAUUCUUGAAUUGGAUUCCUUAUCAAUGAAUGAAGAAAGUGUUGCUAUACUUAUUACACAUGCAUUCUUGCAAUAUGGUCCAAUGACAAUGAAUCGAGAAACACUCAUUUAUCCCUGGUGUCCAGAAUCACAUCAACAAUUAUUAGAUGAUCAUUUUGUUGAUGAAUUAAUUGUGAGAUUGGAGCGUCAUUUGAAAGAUUGCGAAUUUCUUUAUCAAUAUUUUGUUUUCAUUUUAAAUGAUCGACUACGUAUUCUUCAACCUACUGAUAGUCCAACAGGGUGGCUUUAUUUGGCACUAUUACAUGCAAUGACAUCUUAUCCCCUUCCGAAUCAAUAUACAGGAAUGACAGGAAUGGAACGUGCAUUUCAAUUAUUGAAUUCAGCUGGUUGUUGGUCUGAUCAACCUUUUGAUGCAGUUUCUCGAAAUAUUCUUCUGCAAAUUGCGACCAUUUCACCAAAAGUAAAUUAUUUCCCGGAACAUCUCACUUCUAUGGAAAAAAUCGAAUGGAAUCCUCAUAGUUUACCUUAUUCAAUGCAACAUUUUGGUGGAGAUGUGAAUUUGAAAGAUAGCACAGAACUCAAGUGUUUUCCUUUGACUCGAUGGCUUUCAAGUGAAUAUGAAUUGAAACAUAUCUGGAUUGGUUUGUUUAAAUUCGCCGAACAAUUGAGAACAAUCGAAGCUGAUAAUCAAAAAGAUGAAAUUGAACGAUUUGAAAUGUUACUCGAUUUUCUACAUUAUAUAUCCAGUAAAUGUUCUAGUAAACCAUUUUAUUUACAAAUGCUUAAAUCCAUAUUGAAAGCACCAACCGAAACACUAAGAUCCGUCUUAUAUCCUUCAUUCACUCGAUAUAAACAUAUUCAGGAAACUACAUUUCAAUCUGAUUGUAUCAAUCUAGGAAAUCUCGGUCGUUAUAAACGAAAUAAACCAGAUAAACAGUCAGAUCAUUUUCGCUCUGUCAUAUUGAUUCCUUUCAAUACCAAAUUGUCUGUCAAUCCUCAACAAUUUUCUUUCGAACUAUUUCGAAAUCUCUAUCAAAUUCGCCUUAAUUCGACAAAUGAAGUCAUCGAUCAAAAAUUGCUCGAAAGUGCAAAACAAAAAAUUCUAUAUCCUCAUUCCAAUUAUUUUAUUAAACCAACAGCAUGUGUUCAAAUCACAAAUCAGCAAAAAGCAUUUCCAGAAAAAAUUUUUCCUUCUACUGAUUCCCAAGUUAAUCCUCUCAGUGAUAUAGCCAAUCAUUUCAAGGAACACUUAACUGAAGGUUGGGAGAAAUUUAAUUUAAUCGAAGAAUAUCGAAACGAGUAUCUUUCGAUGGAAGAAAUCAAUCAAUUUCUCGAUUCUUUUCGUCAAGAAUCUGUAGAAUUCUGGAACGAAUUAGUAAAAUCCAUUACAAUAACAUAUGAGUUCUUAUUCAAAAUAGGCUUAGUAGUACGCAUUCUACCAACAAUUUUAAUAUCUGUAUUUCAACAAAUGUGGUUAAAUGAUACUGAAUCGAAUGUUUCAUCAUUAGGAAACGUAAUGAAUAGUUUAAAUCCACCAUCAUUGUUCUUGACAUUGGAACAACGUAUAUUACUCGGUGGAAUCAUGGUUAAUUGGAUUGUAGAACAACAAAUUGAAAGAGCUUUACAUUUUGCUAAUCAGAGCAAAUGGGAAGAUUUUGAAAAAGAAAUAUCGAAUAUACCUCAUGCCAAUUGGACACCAUCAAUGCAUGUUCCAUGGUUAAUACUGGAACUUGAAAUGAAUAUUACGAUUCGAGAAAUACAAAUCGAAGUAGCACGUCAUAUGAUACAACCAAUCAUGAACAAAAACAAUCCUUCAAUAUCCAAUAUUGUUAUGCAAAUGAAUAUGGGUGAAGGCAAAACCUCGGUUAUUUUACCAAUGUUAGCACUUAGCUUAUGUUCUUCGUCUUCGAGUUUAGUUCGUAUCAUUGUAUUAAAAUCAUUAUUUUCAAUGAAUUACCAAUCACUACGUUGUAAAUUAGGUGGCUUACUAAAUCGACGUAUACUGCCAUUUGCUUGCCGUCGUGAUAUGAAUUUUAGUGAUAUACAAUUGAAUAAAAUUUUCAAUCGUCUUCAACAAGGAUUAAGUGAUUGUGAUGUCGUAUUAACUUCACCUGAGGAUAUUCUAUCAUUUGAUUUGCUUACAAUAGAUAAAUGUCGACGAAAGGAAUUUGAUGCUGGUCGUUCAAUGUUGUCCAUUCAACGUUGGAUGAAAACAUUUGCUCGAGAUGUCUUAGAUGAAUCCGAUGAAAUUUUACAUGUUAAAUAUCAAUUGAUUUAUUCGAUUGGUCGUCAACAACAAGUCGAUGGAGGUUCGGAACGUUGGAAAACCAUUCAAUUGGUAUUAAGCUUAGUCAAACAACACACAACAAACAUCGCACAACAAUACCACGAUGACAUUUUUUAUAAAGCAUCAGAAAGUCGAAGUAGUUUUCCAGAAUUUCGUUUACUUAAUCAUCGACCAUUUCCAGAAUUAUGUCAAAGAAUUGCAAAUGCUUGGCUUAAUGAAAAAAAUUAUCGUCGAAUAGAUCAACAACAUAUAUUAUCAUUCAUUCUAGAUGCAAACUCAUCCGUCGAUUGUCUAAUAGAUCGAUUUCCCUAUAGCACAAUUCAAUUAUUUCUUAUUAUGCGUGGUCUUCUAUCAUCGGAAGUGCUAUUCGUUGCUUUAAAAAAGCGCUAUCGUGUUAAUUUCGGUGUGAAUCAAAAUCCGAAAUUCAAUCGUUUGAUGGCCGUACCGUUUCGUGCCAAAGAUGUUGCAGCUGAAAAUAUAGAAUUCGGACAUCCAGAUGUGGCUAUUGUCUUAACACAACUUUCCUAUUACUGUAAUGGUUUGAGUGAUUCACAAAUGCUUCAAUGUUUUGAUCGUUUGAGUCAAGAUGAAAGCGAUCCGAAAAUGAUCUAUGAAGAAUGGCUUUCACUAGAAGACGACAAUGAUAGAAUUUCAAGUAUAAAACAAUGGAAAACAGUCAAUCUAAAAGAUUAUCAACAACGAACUCAACAACUCUUUCCAACUCUACGAUAUAAUAUGUUAGUUAUUAAUUAUUUUCUCAAUCAUUUUAUCUUUCCUCAAGAAGCAAAACAAUUUCCACAUAAAUUAGUUUCUUCUGCCUGGGAUUUAUCGUCAUCUUCACGAACAAAAAUAAUUACUGGAUUCAGUGGUACAAAUGAUACUCAAUUAUUAUUGCCUGUUCAUAUUCGUCAAUGUGAUUUACCAGAACUUCAGAAAACUGAUGCCAUUGUUCUUAAUAAUUUACUUCAAUCGAACAAAGAGCAUUAUCAAUACCUGCCUAUUAGUACGAGUUCGGAUGACAUCUUGAGUCAUAUUGUCAAAGACAAAUCAAUUAUACAAGUCAUUCUAGGUGUUGGUGCAUUGUUUAUUGACAAAACAAAUCGUCAAAUAGCUGUUAAAUGGUUGGACCUAUCAGAUAAAACCAAAAUUGAUUAUGCUGUUUAUUUUGAAUCAGAUUCAAUUUUUGUUUGUGAUUGCCAAUAUCAGCAUCAUGCGUUUGUGACAUCGCCUGCUAGUGAACGACUUGAUCGUUGUGUAUUUUAUUUAGAUGAAAUUCAUACGAGAGGAACAGAUUUUAAAUUUCCAAAUGAAUUUAGAGCUGCUGUCACCUUAGGAAAUGGUCUCAGCAAGGAUCGUUUAGUUCAAUCAUGUAUGAGAAUGCGAAAAUUAGGCAAACAUCAUUGGUUAAGUUUCUGA